AUGGCUCCUGAACCCACGAAAGACGAUACAAAGGUCGACGACACCACUGAGCUGGGCACCGUGCCCAGCCAUGUGAUUGAAGCCGACCAUUAUGGCAUCGACGACGCGUACCUGCGCGCGCCAAAGUUCACCAAGUUCUGGCGCAGUGUUCUCUGGCAGAUGAUCCUGUUUGGAGCGUUGUCUUUCGUCGGCCCUGCCAUGUCCGACGCCAUCUCCAACCUCGGAGGUGGUGGACUCUCCACCCCGUACCUCGCCAACUUGGCAACUUCGCUCAACUAUGCGGCUGGCUGCGUGAUGACCCUCUUCGGAGGACCUCUGAUCAACAAAUUCGGCAUCAAGUGGUCAUGCAUGAUUGCUGCCAUUGCCAUGCCCCUGGCUGGCUCUGCCUACUAUGUCAAUGCCAAGUACGGCGUUGAUUGGUACCUUCUCUUCUCUAGGCUGAUUGGAGGCUUCACAUCGGGAUUCCUCUACGUCGCCGAGACGACCGCAAUGUUGUCGUACCCAAAGCAAGACGACAGAGGCUUCUACCUAGGCAUCUGGUCCGCGAUGAGAAACUCGGGCAGUGUGAUGGGAGGUGCAAUCAACUUCUCCACCAACUACUCUGAUAGCUCUGCCGGCGGUAUUGCGUGGUCUACGUACCUCAUCUUUGUUGGCUUCGAGUGCACCGGUGUCAUCUGGGCAUUCCUCCUCUCGCCCACCAGGCGAGUCCGACGUAGAGACGGCGCCAAGAUCCCAAUGUCUCCAAGCAUCAGCUGGAAGCAAGAAUUUUCUGCCCUGUGGAAGCACGCACAGCGUCCCAAGACUUGGCUCAUUUUCAUUCCCUCCUUCUACUCGUUCUUCUACGGUGGAACCAUGGGAACCUAUCUUUCCCUGCACUUCUCUGUCCGUGCUCGCGCGCUUUCUUCUUUGAUAAUGCCCUCGAUCACCAUCCCGCUUGUCAUUGCCUACGGAAGGCUUCUGGACAACACCCGUUGGUCCCAGUCAAAGAGAGCAUGGAUCUCCUUUGCUAUGUGGUCUAUUCCCCAGGCAGCCUGCUUCGUCUGGAUUGGCAUUGAGUACGGCAAGUUCGGCCUCUCCAAGCCGGCACUGGACUACGAAACCCACGGCAGAAGAUGGGCCGAAGCCUACAUCCCCUAUCUCAUCAUCUUCACGACCGGCUACUGGACCCAGCUGUCUCUCUACUGGAUUCUGGGCACCUUCUCUACCGACGUGGCGUCCAGCUCCAGAACUGGCGGCCUGUUCAGAGCGUUCGAGACGGCGGGACAGGCUGUCUCGUACGCCAUCAACACCAACUCCGGCGCCGACCCUAAGGUUGCGUUCAUCGUCAACUGCGCCAUCCUGCUGCUGGCUGUGCCCUGCAUGGUCUUCCUCAUCCGCCUGGUGCCGGAGAAGCCCGCGGAGACGGACAUUGAUGCGGGGGAGCUGGGGGCGAUCGAUGGUGUGCCGACGGCGGCGGGGCAGACGCGAGACGACUGA